UUUACUCAACUCGGUGAGGGUUUUUAAAUAAAGAGUGUUAGCCUUGUGUGAGAGAGCAGCUCCAGGCUAAAGCGUUAUGGCUCAAUUGGGCGGCCCCGAUGAAAACGGACAAUGUUUGAGCAGCAGCAUCCUCACUAAUCAACACUCCUACUUUGGAGAUAAUCACCCAGUAAAUAAUUUGAUUUCAAAGAUACAAACCAUGAGGACAAAAGAGGCUCUUUCUUCAGGGUUGUCUCUGGAAUCUAACAACGCUCAGGACGGUGGAGGCCUCGGGCAGAGCAGUGAGCCCCUGAGCCAGAUUGAGGAUUACAGUCCUCCCAUAGACAUAUCUUCAGCUCUCCGGUCAGUAGCUCUAAUGCGUACUCUGGAUGUGAGAAGACUGCCCAAGCUGUUCUCAGUGCCGAGACUUGAGGACAAUCAAAUGUUGUCUCCAUUAGGUGAUCCGGAUAGAAGUCCAGAUGGGGCAGCAGAGUCGGCUGAGGUGGAAGAACAGACAUCAUCAUUCCAGUCAAAGUUCAUUAAUAUCUUCCCGUUGUAUCAGGACUACUCUCUGCAGGCGGUGAGAGACGAUCUGCACCGACUGAACAAGAGCUUUGUGUCUGAACUGAUCACGCGCCAACACUGCCAACUCGCUGCUCCGUGCGCCUCCGACGCCACAUCCCCUCCAUUAACCCCUCGGGAAGAGACUCCGGCCUCACCUCUACCCCACCCUGUCCGGGUGACUCCAUUCACCCUUUGGCAAGAUCUAGCGGAGGUGAAGGGAUCCGGUCUGCUCGGCAGCUUGACCGCCAGAGAGAUUCGCCUUCAGGAGUCUAUGUUUGAGUUGAUCAGCUCUGAAGUGUCUUACCUGAAUAGCCUCGGAGUUGCUGUCAAUCAUUUCUAUGCGUCGAAGGCACUGCAACGGACCCUGAAUCCAACGGAGCAUCACAUUUUGUUUUCCAACAUUCAUCACGUGAUGGCAGCCAGUGAGAAGUUUCUGAUUGAUCUGGAAAUCCGACUGGGAGAGUGUGUGUUAAUAUCUCGGGUCGAAGACGUCGUGCUGCAGCACGGCUCCAGGUUUCACCGCCUCUAUGUGCCAUAUGUGACCAACAUGAUGUACCAAGAGACUCUCGUCAACCAGCUGCUGGAGCAUAACAGAGACUUUCUGUAUUCAAUCAAGAAGCUUGAGAGUGACCCAAUGUGUCAAAGACAGAGCCUGAAGUCGUUCCUCGUCCUUCCCUUUCAGAGAAUCACUCGUAUUAAACUUAUCCUCGAGAGCAUCCUGAAACUCACUGAGCCAGAUUCGGACUCUGUUUUAAAUCUUAAAAAGGCAAUAGAAGCAAUCCACGAGAUAGUGACAGCGUGUGACAUGGGGAUCCGAAAAAUUAAACAAAUUGAGGAACUGGUCAGCCUGGAAAUGCUGCUGGACUUCGGCAAAGUUAAGGCGGUCCCUCUGGUUGUGAGUGGGCGUUUCCUGGUGCACCAGGGUCCCAUGAGGCAGCUGAGUGUGGAGGCCUCUUACUCAAGACUGUCCUUCAUCAGCGUCCACCUCCACCUCUUCAACGACCUUUUGAUCAUCUCCUCCAAAAGGGCUCCGAGGUUCACAGUUCUGGAUCACGCUGCAUUGGCCUCACACGUGCACGUUGAGCGUCUGAAUACUGAGGCCCUGGGUCUACCCGCCGACUCCUUCCUGUUGCAUCUCUCGCAGAGUCACACCGGACAACCGACCGCCAUGAUACUUGUCGCACACACAAGCUCGGAUAAAGAGAAGUGGAUGAAGGCGCUGUCUUCUAAACGGUGAUGGAGAAAUGAUUCUGUGUUUGUUAUUGUUGUACUUGUUCGUUUUAAGAUUGAUAUAAACUUGACUGCACU